ACGGAAGUCGAAAUUCUACAAGGUUGUGUUGUGAUGUAUUUUUGUUAGAGCUUCUAACUUUAAAACCUAUAUUUAUGAAUUAACAAGAGUUAAAAAGUAGGCAUACAUCAACUAAUAUACAAUCUGUAAUGGAGAAACUUAAAAUCACUCGGUUUUUGCCAUCUAUCAAACAAAUGAAGGACAUGGUCUUAAAUGAAGUAACAUACUUAGAAAAACACAACAACGGUCGUUUCACUGUCUCCUCACGACUCAUUCCUGUAAGAGGCACCUGGAUUAAUUAUUGGCGGUCAGCUCCAUAUCUGUAUAAAUGGUCAAGGGAAGAAGAGGCUAUCCUGCCUGAGCAUUACAAGAAGAGGUGUAAGGAGUUCAUGACCACAGACCCAUUACCACUACAUUGGAGGCCUUCCAAAAAUAGAUAUAGAGUUGAUCCAGAUUCUGGAGAGAGGAUCCGUGUUGUUAAUGCCCCAAUACCAGUAGUCUUUCCAAAACAGUGUAACAAAGGAUUGUGGGGUGGGGAGGGUAUCAUCUUUGGCUACUACAAGAAAACUGAUCCCAAGAGAAAAGGCAAACUUCCAACUUUGCCAAGAAUAUGGAGACCCUUGUUACAGACCAAGGUGUUAUACAGUGAAAUUUUGGACAGGUGGAUGAGAAUAACCUUAACACAUCGUGCGCUUUACUUGAUAGAUCAGUCCUACGGUCUAGAUUCCUACAUCUUGAAGACUAGUGAAGUGGAACUGUGCUCUCAACUUGCCAUGACGCUCAAGAGAGAAAUGCUGACAGCACUGGCUACCAAAUCCUUGUACCCUGAUGACCCAAUCAAAAGAGAAAAAAUCUACCUCAAGUACAAAGAGUUUGUUAUCCCUGAAGAAGAAGCAGAGUUUAUUGGGCUGACUGUGACUGAGGCUGUUGAAAAGGCCAAGAAAAUUCAAGCUGAGCAAACCGUUGUCCAACCACUGAAAGACUUGUACAUUUCUCAGUUAGUUAAGAAACUUAUAGGAGACAAUGGGUCAUCAAAUCCUGAUGUGCACAAUGUUAACUUGUCUCCUAAGAACAAUAAUGAGACCAGAGUUUAAAUGAUUUUGUAAUUUAAUAAAUUAGUCUUUUUCA